GCAGAGAGCGGAGGGCGCAAACUAGGGGUUCGAGAUUUACCAGGGCCGUUAUCGUUACCAUGGCUCGGAACGGGCUGGAUCACGUCUUCCAUGGUGGGCCGUUAUUGCUUGUCCCAGCUGCACAACGCGUACAAAGACAUGCGCCACCGCUACGGCCCCAUCGUGCGCGAGGAGGCGCUGGGCAACGUGCCGGUGGUGAGUCUGUUCGACGCGGAGGCCAUCGAGAAGGUGGCGCGCUACCCGUCGCGCUACCCCAUCCGCCCGCCCACGGAGAUCUCCGUCGUGUACCGCGCCUCGCGCCCCGACCGCUACACCAACCACGGCAUCGUCAACGAGCAAGGCGAGAAGUGGGCUGCCCUGCGGCAGACGCUCACCAAGGAGAUCAUGCGGCCGCUCACCAUCGCCCGCUUCCUGCCCGACCUGGACCGCGUGGCGCAGGACUUCGCCUCGCUGGUGCGCGGCCGGCGCGACGCCAGCAACUUCGUGCCCGAUCUCGAGCUCAUCGUCAAGCACCUCGGCCUCGAGAGUAUGAGUACGUUAGUCCUCGGGCGUCGCAUUGGAGCCCUCGAUCGGAACGUGACAUCAGCAGAUCGGGAACUGGGGAUGCGAUUGGCGCGUGUGGUUGAGCAACACUUCUGCGCAUGUCGAGACUCCUACUUCGGGCUUCUUCCCCUCUGGAAAUACGUGCCGACUCAAAUUUAUUCCCAGUACAAGAAAGCAGAGGAAGAGUUCUACGAUAUAAUUUCAAAACUCGUUGACGAUGCUCUUCAAGAUGAACAAGAUACAUGUGCCUGUGAGCCUGUUCAGAAGGUGUUCAUGUCAAUUCUACACGCGGAAGGGUUGGAAACGCAAGAUAAAAAGAGUGCAAUUAUUGACUUCAUUGCAUCAGGCAUCAUGACUAUGGGUAAUACCUUAAUAUUCCUUCUGUACCACGUUGCCAAAAAUCCAAAAGUACAAGAGAAGUUGUAUGAAGAGCUUACAUCACUCACCCCUGCAGGAAAACCAAUCACAGCGCAAGAUUUGCGAAGUGCGCCAUACCUGCAUGCUGUUGUCCAGGAAACUUACAGGAUUCAACCCACAGCAAUUCAUGUUGCUAGAAUUCUGGAGGAAGAAAUGGAACUGAGUGGCUAUCACCUGCCAUGUGGAACUGUUGUACUCUGUCACAACUGGAUUGCAUGCAUGGACGAAAGAAAUUUUACUCGUGCAAAUGAGUUUAGACCUGAGCGGUGGCUAUCAGAUGAAAGUUGUGCAGGAUGGAAAUUCACACCAAAACUUGUAGCCCCUUUUGGUUAUGGGAGAAGAAAAUGCCCCGGUGAACAUUUCACAGAUCAAAUGCUUCAUCUUUUAUUGGCAAGAAUGGUUCAAGACUUCAGAAUGGAGUACAAUGGAACUCUUAAGACAAAAUUUGAAUUUCUUCUUGUUCCAGAAGGUCCAAUAGAUCUUAUUCUUCAUGAUCGACAAUGAUUGUUUAGAUUUUUAUAAUAAUUGUUAAAAUGAGACUGAAUAGCCAUUGGCUAAUGUAUUUUCUCAGGAGAUUUUAUAAGUGUCAUUUUCACGUUUCAUUUCAUCAACUGCUAAAAAAUUCAUAUACCUUUCAAGGCAGCAUGCGUUCUUUACAAAUACUUUCAGUUCAGUAUUGUUAUGAGGAUUUAUACUCUCCAGGCUUGACUUCUUCCGAAAGGAGGAAAAUAAGAGUGACAGACAGAAGUUGAGACAAGUUACCACAUGCAGAGGUAUUUUUAUGUAACUGCUACAAGAUUCUUAAUGAUGAAAGAAAGUGAUCAGAUCACUGAACUAAGUAUUUGAUUAAUAGGAAUUACUGUACACUUUUAUAAACUAUAUUUUUAAUUACUUGAGGUCUCUUAUCUUUCAAAAUGUUUUGACACCGUAUGUAAGAAUGUUUACAUGGGUAGUUCAUUUAACUUCUACUUGUUCAAUUACUGCUCAGGAAACUUCUUAUUCAAUUUUUGUAAACAAUCCAAAAAUGCUACCCGUUGUUAUUUUUAUUGCUUUGUGUGUGAAAUAUUUUUAACAAUUGGUCGCUGCAUUUCUUAAUUUUGUACACAAUAUAGAAUCAAUUUUUGAAGUAUUUAAAACAUUCAGUUAAAAUAUAAAUUUUAAACUUCUUUUGGCUAUUACACGUUAUGGAUACUAGUAGAUUAAAACUAAAUUCAUGCAGAGAACAUAUGGUGUUAGGACCAAACAAACACAACAGCCAUAUGACAUGAAAAGAAUUGUUUUAAAAAAUAACAUUUUAAUACAAUUAAUUAUAUUUUUGAGAUAAAGAAAUAACAAUAUAGUUCAGCAAUGUGUCUAUAUUUUCAUUUUCAGUUGUAAAUGAAAAAAUUAAUAUAAUGUCAAUUUUAUUCUACUUAUUUUAAUACUAUUCCUUGGACAAAGCGUUUAUAUUAUCUGAAUGAAUUAUUAUAUGAAAAUUGGUGUAAAAGCCUGAGAAAAUGUCCAAUAUAUAUUCAAUGGAGGGUUUAUAUUAUUUUACUUUAUGUCAUGCACUGAGUGCAGUUUUGUAUUUUCAUAAUUUGGUAUUAUUAAUAAUGAUUUGUUGAAGUAAUACCUUCAAAGCAAAAUCUAACUCGUGAGAGAUUGAAUGAUAAAAAUGUUUUGUAUGUGUACCACAAUGUAUGUACAUCUGUAACCAUUUGUAAAUGCUCCAACAAAAAAAGGAGAAUUAUUGUUCAUGAAGAAGUAUAGGAAGCAAGUCACAUCCUAUUGUUUCAUUCCAAUAGAAAGGUCUACAUUUGUUAUUCUGUAAACACAAACUGUUCAAAAUGCUGCAACUACCAAUCCAUUUAGUCGUAAGGCAUAAGAAACAUAAGGUGAAGUUUUAAAAGCCUUAUGUAAACUACUUAAUUCUAAGUCUUCUAAACACUUUUCAUAAUAAUUAUGAGAUAUUGUAUAUUUGUAAAUCAUAUCAAUGGCUGGCUGUUUAACAGAGCUUUUGUAAUACUAUAUAUGUAUAUUUUAUGCUGUAAAUAGUAAAAUAUUUAUUGAGUACCUGAUCUUGCUUUACGAAAAAACAAUACAUUUCCAUACAUAAGAAUUGGGAGAAAAGAAUUUCAGAAGACUGAAAUGUCAGACAGAUUGUGCUGACAGGAAAAAUGUCUAGUUUAUAAUAUGGUAAAUUAAUAACAUAUGUAUACAUAUCGAUUUAUGAAAUUCCCUUUGGAAAUCGUAUCAAUGUAGAAUUAAUAUUCAAUUAAUGGAUCAAAUAAAAACCUUGCAUUUGAUUUGUCAUCUAAACCAUCAAAUAUUAAUAUCAAAUCACAAAAACUCUUGUUUUGGAAUUUUAUUUAAUCUUAAAAUGAUGUAAUGAGAAAUAUUCAUGUGUUCAAUCCCACCUAAUUCAUAUGUAACCUUUGUGAUGUAAGCAAGACAUUCAUGUGUUCGUUGUAAGAAUUUUACUUCUGAAAUUAGAAAUACAAUUCUGUAUACUUGUAGUUAAUUUAUACCUGAAGAUGAAUAAAC